AUGAUAACGUAUAUUUUCUUAUACUUUUCUAACAUAAAAGAAUGAAACUAGGGAAAAGAAAAGAAUGUAAAUUUCAAAACCGUUCAUUAUUUUUAUAGAUCGAAAUUUUCAAAUAAACAAUUCAUUUAUUCUAGCACUUUAAUUCUGCUUCGAGAAGUGGUCGCAUGUUUUUAACCUGGAUUUUCGAUGUAAAGUAUUAAUUUCGAGCUAAUAACCUUUAGGGAAAUGUUGCUUUUACAUCUUUGAAAAAAGACUAAAUAAUACUCAUUUAUAUACUCUAUUGUUUUUCGUUGUUGCGUUUAACGUUCUUCAUGAGAAGAAAUAAAAUGUGAAGAUUCAACAACUCGUUUUCAGAUUUUAUGAAAAAAUAUUCCUUCAAUUUUGAAAUAUCGCAAGAUUUCCAGUCAAUUUGCUCUUUUUUCAAAAAGAACAAUUAUUCUCUGGUGAUUAAGUCAGUUAGGUAACAUAGUAUUCUGUCUUGGUAAUUCAUUUCACCAUGGUUUUGCUUUGUUAUCACCUCGUCUUUGUCAGCUACAAUUAGAUUACAAGCCUACGCAAAAUCUGGAAGGUUUUUAUUUUUAAAUAAAUAUUUUCCACAUCCGACCAUAAUAUUAGAUUGGAUAUUGGGUCUACAAACAUUUAUACCUAAGGAGGUUAAUCAAUAAAAACUAAUUCUGAACAAUACAAUCCGUUACAUAUUCAAACAGGUAACACUGGAGUGGAUUGUAGUUCCCAUCCACUUUUAAUAAAGCCACAUUGUAAUGUUUAGCCGAAAGAGCAUAUCCUUACUCCCAGUUUAACUUACAAUAAUGUUAAUAAUGUAUGUACCCCCUUCGUAUUACCUUUCCCAUAUCCACGCGUUAUAUGGUAAACAUUCCAGCUAUUUGGUUAAAAGUUAUACCUUUGAUUGAAACUUCGUGUGUAAAAUACCGUUGAUAUUGCCGAAGCAGAUUAGUGGACAAAAUUUAUAAAGUUUUGAUUACUAUUGAUGAUAGUUAUAAUCUACGACACUUGAAUCCAUCUAAAUCAAUCUUAAGUGAUGACUAAUUUUUUUUUGUUUUUUUUUCUAUAUUUUGAAUUCUCUAUCUUUUACCAAGAAAUCUAGUUUUUUUUGUAUCUCGUAUAUACAUUAUAGUAUGCGAAUACAUUAUUAUAUGUAUGUGUGCAUGUGUACAUAGGAAAAUACCUAUGAGCCUAGAUACACUCAGAUACUUUUACAAAUCUUGAUAAAUAAUUUAAUUAGAUUUUAUAAUUCAAAAAUAGGAUGAUUCAUCAAACACUUGUUUUAUGGACCCUUUGUGUAUCUAUGUGUUUUAAUUUAGUUAUUUAUUUGUCUGUUUGACAAUUCUCUUGAAAUAAUGUACAAAAUAUUUGUUGAAUACAUUUAGACUAAAUUUUUGGACGACAUUCAAACAAGACGAAAAUAUUAUCGUAUUUCUUCAUGGUUAAUUCUUUACUCGAAUGAUCAUUUUAUUUAGGUUAGAUAUAACUAAAUUACACUAAACUGUAUACACAUGAAAAGAUAAUGAAAUAUGUGUUAUAUUGAAUAAUCUCAGACUACAUAAGCUGUAAAUGUCAUGUUUACAUGUUGAUUCAUCGGUAGUUUUGUAAUUACAAUUUUUCGUUUGUUUCUUCAUUACAAUAAAGUGAUUGGGUUGAUUUCGAUACAAAAAUCAAUUGCGUAUAUAUUAAAAUACUACAAUUGAGCUCGGUGAUUUAAAAAAUGGAUAAUAUUUUUAGCAUGUUAAAUUCCAGUAUCCUUUGGAAUACUUAACGUUGUGGAAUAUAAAAGAGUAAAUGAAUCGGAAGGAUUUUGAGGGAAGUGGUGAACCCUUAAACAUAUGUUCCGUAAGGAGCUGUUGACAUUGGCGAGUAAAAAGUGCGAAAUAAUAUUGUAAAUCAAGAGUUACGGACAAGUUUGAAUAAAAAAUAAAUGUGGGAUCGGUUCGAAAGUCUUUCACCAACGAUCUUUGUGAGAAGUUCCAAAAUGUUUCUCGGAAAAGUCCGUAGGGGCUCAGAAGACUUUCAUAAACCAUUUAUCUUUUCAGCGUUAAGUAUAAGCUCCUCAUUAAACAUCCAGAAAUUGAAGAGCCACUUGUCACAUUUCUAACUUGUUAUUUACCUAUACUGGUACUCUAUUUAUUAUGAUUACAGAAGCUCAAGAUUUUGUGUAACUUUAUUAACACCCUUGAUUUACUGUAUAUAAACUUUUCACCUUUUUCUCCAGUUUUCAAGAUGUGUAGAUUUGGUCUAGGUUUAUUAGAAGUGGCUAGAAAUUUCGAUCGAGUGUUCACUUAACAGACAUAUCAGUGUUUAAUCUUCAGCACAUCAUCACCAGCCUUAACCAAAGUCAGUCAGUAACAACGUAGAACUUCGUACGUACGUACAUCAGUUCGAGUUGCCAUACCACAUUAGCACAGAGAUGCAGUUGUCUAUUCAAAUCCCAUAGUUGUAGAGGGGGUAAGCAGAAAUCGGCAAGACUAGGGUUUGAAGAUGUUAUUCAAGGAUUAUAAUACAGUGAAAUAAAUUUGGAAAGAGGAAAAAAGAAAAAUGAAGAAUUCAGAAGAUUAGAAUUUGGGAGAACACAAAGAGUGGAUGCACUUGCGCCAUUGCAAACGAUUUUGAGCCAUGUCAUUCAGGGUCUUUACCCAUCGGUUGCUAUCAUCUCGCGGUCCCCAACCAGGUAGUCUAUAAAUCAGAAGGCAAUGAGUAGCGGCGACUACAGUCUAGUAGCGGAUAGCGCAGGCAAAAUUAUAAGCACAUCUAGCGAAUUUGAAGCGGAGUGGCGAACGUGUGUGUUUACGAGCGAAUACAGAGACAAAUUUAUGAUCAAACGAAAUCAAGGCGCAGUUAGGCAAGGUAAAUGCUGAUGAUGGGAUUCUAGCAAAUAUAUGCAUUGGGAAGAGAGUGACUCAUUGAUUCAUAUUUAAGCGAUUAACAUUUUAGCUACAGAGAGAUAUGUACGUAGGCUGUCAUCUGAUCAACCGUACACAUAUAUACAGAUAUCAUAUUGAUUAUAAUAGAACAAAGAAUUAGACAAAUCCUUACUGCUCGAAAAAGAUUGUCUGUUAAGUUAGUUAAUAAAAGGGCUUAACAAAAAUUAACCGUAAUCGAAAUUGGUUGUAGGAGUGUUGUCAUAAAUAUAGGUAGUGAAAAUAACAUGAUUUAAUAAUAAAAAACUUGUUUUGUAGAAUUAUCAUUAUUGUCAUUUAGAUGUAGUUCGUCAUUAUUAAACAUUUAACGUCUUGUCUUUCUUGCUCUACUACCAUUAACUGCUAGAUGGUUGUGUUAACCAAUGUAACUAGCUUCAACCCUAUGGAAAUCCUAUACAACUGAUUACAUUUGAACCGUGAUAAACUGGAUUUAUGUCAUUCUGGUUAAAUUCAUUGUUCUUGUCCUGUUCGAACUGCUUUAUUGUGUUAAACUGAUUAGUUUUGUAAAAUUCUAUGAUAAAUCUACUUGUUGAGGUUUAUUUUUUUUUUUUGGAGCACUUGAGUAGUUCUUUCCAACGGUAUGUAGUGUGAAGUCUGUAUCUGUUUGUUGAAGAGAUGAAUCAACCUCUCUGUAUUGUCCUUAUUAAGUCAUAUUUGGAGAUCUCAGUUGAAUACAAGGAUGAUUAUGCCAUUUAUGUAGUUUACAUUUGCGUUGAUUAUUUCAUCUCUAUGCUGAUCUUAUGUGACAGCUUGAAGCGAUGCACAUAAAUAUUAGGUUCUGUGUCACUUGUAACUGAUUAAUUUUACUCUAUAAGAGCGGUAAACUGACUGGUAAUAGUACUGAGAUUAUUAAACAAAUAAUUUUUUUCUAAAUUCAGGAAUAAGGCAGAAUAAUCGUAACGUGUUAUUCACAAUUAUGCUAAAUGAAAUCUGUUAUGCAAUGAGGUUAAUUUUAUCUACAGUUGUGUUUUUACUGCUAAGUAUAUGAGUAGUUUCUUCUACGGAAAGAUAAUGUACUUUGAAGUAUAUCUGUGUUUACGAAUAUAUACCAACAAAUAUCUUUGUUUUUAAGUGAUAGGUUUUUAAGAAGAACAUCACACUGCACUUAUAUCCAGGCUUUUAAAGUGGCACAGAUAUAGAAAUACUUAUCGUUGUACUUUCCAAUUAUUCAAAGACCAUUGGAAAAACAUAUUACUUUUCUAUAAUUUUGAUAGACUUUUCUCAUCAUGAGUAGAAUGCUAUUUCUAAUGACCGGAAUGUCAGAUAUUUCUGUUUUAAACUAAAAUAUUUGACGGAAUCUACUGAAAUGUGUAAUACAGAGCAGGAAUACUCAAAUGGUUUACUUUAAUUAGAUUCCGAAUUAACUAUUGUGUAUGUGUGCAUAGAUAGAGAAUCGCUUUAUUUUCAUACUUUAAAGUUUAUCUAUUCGGCGAGUCUAUAAUUUAUGAACGGCCUUUCAGCGACGCCAAAGAGUGACCUUGAGAAUGUUCACUUACUAACUAGGACUAAAUGAAGUUCAUAAACCAGUGUAAGUAAUUAAAAUUAUAAUUUACAAUUGAUGGUUAGGGUUAGGGAUUAGAUUUAGUGUUUUCAUAACAAACUGACGUCAGCUAAAAUGCCAACGCGCUAUUUAGCCAAAUGUAUGGAUGAAUUUCGCGUUAAAAUUCAAGACUUGUUAUUUUGUCUGAUUGGCUGGUCUAUAAAUUAUAGUCUCGCCAUUUAUUUUUGUUGACUGUGUAGUUCUGUUAUUCUUUUCGUCUUUGUAUACCUAUUUUUAGUAGUUUACUUAUUAUUUCCUCCACAAAUUCUCACCUACUUAACAACGUUAGAAAUAAAAUUUUGUCUGAAUACUGUUCGCAUACUCAUUGAGGGGAGUCUAAGUGGUUGAUUGUUGGUGGUCUUGUCCAGUAAGGUUUUACUUUGCUUCUUUUCUUUGUCUCUGCUGAUUUGAGAUGUUGCUAUUUUUAAAAAUAUAAUGAAUAAUUCAUUUGAUUCAAUAAGUAAAUGGAUUUGCAUAAAUCCAUUAAUAUUUUGUCAUUUAACAAUAGAACAAGAUAGAAAAUUGACUUUAAUAGAUCAUUUCUGUAAAGUUUAAGCUGUUCAAACCAUUUGUAAAACUCUAGAAAUAAUGUUUCUUUUUUCUCGUUUUUUUCUGUGAGAGUUAAUAAAGGAGAUUAACUGAAUAACUGUAAUCUACGGGAAUUCCACUUUUUCAAUUUAUAAUACAUCAUCUUAUAUUAAUGACUGUUCAUAAUUUGUUCUUCGUAUCAAUUAUUCAACGUAUAACCAAUACAUUAGUCAUCGUGUUUAAACUAAUCGAAAUAUUUGACGGUUCUUCAGACUGUAUAUAACUUCAAACGACCACAUUCCCCUGUAAAUUAUUCAGGUUACUUUGGUUCUUAAUGGUAUGCUCCUUAGUUUAUUACUGUUAUUCAAAUCAAAUGUGUAAUUACGUGUUAAAGGGAUACCGAAUGUUCUAACAGGGCGAAUAUUGGAGAAUUAAGUUAUGGAACUGUUUUACAUAUCAUUAACUUUUGUUGUAUGAUCAUUAAAUAAAUUGGGUUAUCACAUUUCCAUAUUCAGUGUUUUUCCAAGGUUCCUUUGGACAAAUUUACUAAUGCUACAAGUGUUACCAUUCCUUACUUAUCACAUACUAAUUGCUCAUUGUUUGCUUCAUUUUUUGUCACUUAACGCUUUGUUAUAUCAAAAGUAUGGAUUUGAUUUAAGGUAUGUUGCGGUCUGAUUAUUCGUUCUCAUAAACCUAUGAGUGCUUAAUUUGUAAUGAUUAAUUUACCUACUUUCUGUAUUCUCUUAGUGAAUUCAGUACUGGGAUAAAAAAAAUGCAUUCUCUUGAUCAAAUAGACGUUUAUAUUACCUUGUGACUGCUCAAAAUUAUCGUUGUUGUACGAACUGUGUCUGAAUUCGAAUAUAGCAUUGAUCGUGCUUACGAUGGGUCAGACAAGUCAGGUAAUGAAGUAGGAGCAUUUAAAGGAGGACCCUCAAUGUCACUAAGAUUAUUGGGAGAUUACAUUAUGUGAAAAAUAAACUUGCGAGUCGGGUAAAAUAAACAAUGUUACAAACAGAAUAAACUUCGGGUUCACCAGAUAAUUGUGAUGUACCAAAAAUUAUAUUAACUCAAAAGUGAUAAUAAAGUUAUUACGUCCAAAAAUUAAUGUAUUAAUAUACUAAAUAUAAUUUAUAAACACAAGAAAAAUUUACUGAACGUUACUUAAAUUGUCAGGACUUGGUGUGUUUGAGUUGCUUUUGGUUUAAUAAUACACAAUUAUAGGUAAUUAAUAAUUCCAAUAAAGAUUGUUAUAAUUCGAGCGGUAUAUCCAGAUGGAGUAUAUAGUGGAAAUAUGGCUGUGGUCUAUAAAUGUAGGUAAUAAAUAUUUUAGAGUUCAGUUAUCAUAACAUCAGACAAUUGAGAACGGUAGACAUGUGUGUGUAGCAGUGUAUUUAUGAGCGGUUAUCGUGCUAUAUGUGAUUCCAAACGCAAGCGGAAAUAUUCAAUGUCAUACAAUUUUAAACAACUUUUACAGCUAUUUGUAGUAAAUGUACAAAUUAUGAGAACUAACAAAAAACGCAACCAGUAUCAAAAAGUAAUUACAAAAUAAGUUUCUCGUGACCAUCUCGGUGUGUAAUAUAUCAUAAAGUUCAUACAGUGUCAUAGAACUUGGGGACAAUUAUCAACUAACUUGAAUACUAUAAUUCCUUUUGCUAAGCUUUCAUUCUCACUUAAACAGCGUAAUCAAAUGUUAUUGAGAUCAUAAACCAACCUAAAUUAGACAACCAAUUAAAACCAGGAAACACGCGAUAGCUGUUUUAUUCAGGUUCAGAACUCCACGGGUAUGCCCAUCCACAUCUUCUCCAUGAGUCCAAUCCGAACGCCUAACUUUUAAAUCUCUGUUUCAUCAUCCAAUAGUUUAUAUUCCUAACGUCAGUUGGUUCGUAAUGUUGUGCAGUCAUCUUCCUACAUCGUUGCUGAUUAACUGCCUCACACUGAAUAUGGUUGGACUCCACUGGUUCUGGCUUCUCAUUAGAACUUCAGGAAUUACAAUAUAGGGAUUUUGUGGAGACCAUUUAAUUUUAUGGUCAACAACUGUUGACUUAUGCUGAGACAAAACAGCUGUUUAGUUUUUCCUGAUUUUCAGUGAUCAUUUAACUUCGAUUGACUUGUGAUGCCAAUUGCACUCAGUUAAUUGUUUGCUUCUUUCGUCUUCGUUUUGGUUGUUUAUUAAACAGGCUAUGUGGUCAAAAUCAAAGGUCACAGAGUUAUUUUGAAUCCAAAUGAUAAAAAUAUAAAACAGUUUAACAUGUGACUGCAUUUUUUGGAGAUUUUUAAUGAAUCAUAAUUGUCAUAGGACUAAAUUGUAAAAAUAAGUGAAGUGUAUUUACAUCAAUUGAUGAUGACGAAGGUUUUCUAAAAGACUUCUUUAAUAAACGUCAUUAAUUUAUAUAAUUUCGCUCUCAAUGAUCUUAAUAUCAAACUUUUAUUCACUUCAUCCUUUUGUUCAUUGGUUUUAAUGAUUUUUUAGGCGUUGAACUACGUUCUUAGCCAGUUAUAAACAAAAUGAAACCUGAUGCAUGUGUACAUUUGUCCCCUUCUGGAAGAAACUACUUUUGGUUUCUUGAGUUCGACUGUUAGGAAUUAAGAUGGAAGUACAUCAAGUACAUCCUAUUUAUCGUUUAUUCAUCAAUAAUUAUUAGUAACACAGGAUAUCAAACAGUUUACAGACGUUUGUAGAAGAAAUAUCUCUCCGCGUGUGUGCUUUAGCUAUUACUAAAAACAUUAUAUCACGUCAGCUAUUGAAUAAUGGUCUCUGUAACUCUUACACUGAUAAUUCAUGUUUUACUGUGACUUAUUUAACAAGAAGGAGGAAGUUGUUUUCAUUGGCGGUAUUGAACUUCAUGAGCUUUUUUUCACGAUCUAUUACCCUUUCACUGUUUUUCUCCUCAUGAUAAAAUUUUUAUUAUGAUUUUUCUAUCUCUCACUCUCUUUAUACAACAUGUUUGAUAGGUAAGAUUAGUUCAAAAACAAGACAAUGGCUAUAUUUAUGCUAUGAAGAUUUUGCAUAAAGCAGAUAUGCUACAAAAGGAUCAAGUAAGCGCUUAAUCUUAGUCUUGUCGUAAUUAACCAUAGUUAAUAUUAUUCGGUAUACAUUGGAAUAAUGAUUGUUAAUUUUGUCUUGUUUAAUUUCUAAUUUUAUUAAUGUUGAAUUCACUUCUUUAGAUUAUGACAGUAUUUUCUCUUUUUAUAAAACAUACCCUUAUUUGUAUUCUUGAAAUAAAUUACUGUUAAAAAUUCUAAUGGUCAUAUAGAACAGAUAAAUUUUUAUAGCUAGUGGCAGAAUCUAGGAUAGGUGUUCCAUUAUUUGCACACACCUACAUCAUCUCAGUAUUGAUGUUCAAGUUGAGAUGUGAACCCUAGUAUAUAUCUCUUCAAACACCAGUUUGUUAUUCAUUGAGUCAGUGAGUCCAGCUAGCCAUUAACCUUUUUGGUCAGAAUGAUGUUACUGAUGUGUGUUCUAUUCAUCCUGGUAUCGAUAAUCCUGGUUUAAAAAUAAUCAGUCCUUGUUAGGAUAUUUUCGUUCUGUGCAAAUUGUCUCGAUAUAAUCAUAGAACAAAACGCUCGUUCUGUGUGUUACACUGCUGGCUACAAUCCAUUCAUUACAUACAAUUUCAUAUAAUUCUGUUUUCAAGGUUCCCAAAAAUGCUUUUCUUUCAAUACGAAUAUUUUAGGAAUAAAGCAAAUUACAAACUCAAUAAGAAGUGCCAAUCUUGAUUAUAUAACUCAUAAAUAAUGACAGUACGUAUUUGGAGGUGUCGCGUUCUCUGAACGAAAUGAACUGUAAAUCUUCCAUUGUUGUUCUGAAGAUAUAUACUUUAGAUACAGGUGAAAAGGAAAUAGCCAUGAAACGUUAAACGAAUUUGUCAAUUAGUCAGUCUUAUGCAACCUAGAACCUGGCACACAUUUGUAUCGACAUAGAAGAUAUGAUUCGAGGAGCAACAUUUUUGCGUUUACUUAAAGGUUAAAAUCCCAAACACCUUUGUAUUGUUGCUCAUAGUGUUUAGAAGACUGCAUUUUGUCAUCAUAUUGAUCAAGCAGGAUUAUGUCAUCCAUGUAUUCUAAGUCAGCAGGUAAAUAUAUACUUAAGGGAGAUGAAUUGAUAAAAAUUCAGAUGAUGAGAGGGCUUUCUCUAAUAAUAUUUUUAUGGAAAAGUUAAAUAAAUUUGGAGGAAGCUGUGACAACCAUGACGAAUACCACUGUGUUAUUGAUUCCAGUGACAGUUUGGUACCAGUCAUAUUGGAUUACGUCUAGUCUUGAGACUAGUUAAUAUCUUGUUAUAUCCCAGUAACUUUCGAGGACUAUUAAUGGACAAAUAUUUUAUAAAUAUUCUUAUUGUAUAACUAUUCAGUCAUUAGAUUAUGUAUGUGUAUAUUCCUCUUAUUAUAAGCUUUAUUUUGACCUAUAAUUUAUUAUUGUACGAUUUACUGUUCUUAAGUUAUGUUCAGUUUAUUGACUUACUUACUGCCUCCCACAUUCACAGCCACUUUUUGGCUUUAUUGUGUACAAAUGUUAUUUCCUAUUUUAUGGUGCGUCGCGGUCUGUCUCGUUGAUAUAUAAACCCAGUAUGUCUGAAAUAAAUGAUUCGAUUCGAUUCGCAUCGUGGAAGCUGGCAUUGGUGUUCUGGACUCAAGUGGACGAGCCAGGCGGACAUCGGACCAAUAAGGACGCUAGGCUGCUCAUACCGGUCGAACGUCAUUGGUUUGGCACAGUGCUGAUAUAGUAUAAGUCGUAUUUUGAUUGGUGGAUAGAUCACGUGAUAAAAAGCCGGACGUAAAGUCAUAACAAUCUCAGUCAAUCUAGCUGUUAAAACUAGACCAUCAUUCCUAAAGAUCUCCGAUGUCAGUCCAUUAGAACUUGUUUGCCUCCCUCGGUUUGGAUAAAUGAUAGCUUUUCCAACUCGAUAAGAAUAGAGGGGCCUUAUUUUAACACCCUAUUCUCGUUGUUUGCUAGCAGUAGGUAGCUUGAACGCCAAAACGUAUCGCAUUCGGUUGAUAAGUUUGGCUGUGGGGGGAUAACUAAUCAGUAAUUAACAAUAAAUGCUCUGCUUUGUUAUAAUAUUAAUUGACCGACCGUUUUUCCGUGCUUAUUGUAUAAAUUUUAAAUGUAUUAAACUUUAUUAACUCUGAUUUUCCGACUGAACAGUUUACGAAAUAGUUACAAACUGCAAUUUCUUCAUAAAUCUUUGUCAGAAGAUAUAUAUGUACUACUGACCACUGUCAUGUAGUCCAUCGAAGCGUAAUGUGUUUGUAUAGAUUUAUUAGCUUCUAUAUCAUUCGUUCUGAAAUGUUAUUCUACAUUUGUAGUCGUAAUACAUUUUUGUUUUGCCUAUAGAGUUACAAAAAAAACUGAUUUUACUUACACAGAAAAAACAACUUAUUAUUGUUACUAUCUUUUUCAUUACAAUACAUGUUUUCUUUUUGUUUUCCCAUUGUAACUGUUCAUGAAUAUUUGUGUAAUUGUAGUUCUAUGCAUAAAUUACUCACUGAAACGCAAAAGAGCUAUACAUCACAACUAUAAAAAUGUAAUACACAUCAAUACAAUAGUUAAAUUGACCAUUAAUCUUAGUUACAAGUACACACAUAUGAAGGACAUAGAUACACUCACCGUUUGUAUUGAUUUUGUUUUCAGCUACGUUUAAACUAUCACGCUUGUAAUACUGAGAUUGAUGUUAAUAUAAUUAUUAGUAGUAAUAGUAGUGGUCGUAUUGUUAUUAAUAUGGGUUUCUACGCUUAUUGAUCCCGCGUUUUUCAUUUGCGUGUCAUCAUUAUAAUUAUCAACAUGUGUGCAAACGUCAUUUGUUGAGUUUUUUUUCGCUUGAAUUCCUCUCGUUAUUUUAGUAAUAAUGAGAUAACAUUGUUGUGUUGUUUACUUGAAUUACUGUCAUUUUUGAAACAAAAAUGUGGUUAAGACUGGUUAUCGAUAUCAAGUUUUACGUUGCUCACCCUCUGUCUAUUUGUUUAUUGUAGAUGUAAACAACAAGGAUCUAGUCUAAGAAUAAUGAAUUCGCUACAAUAUCUGGAAGUCUUCGGUUCUUACCGAAUCUGAAUUCAAAUUACUUAUAAAUUAUGUUUAUGGUUCAAACAGCGUUCCACAGCUCUCUACUUUCUAACAGUUUUCCGGAUGAUUAAAGUCCAUAAGCUGGAGCAUCUAACAAAACCAAUCUGCUAAUGAAUCACCAUAUACUUGUGGACUAGUGUUGUUGAUAAAAUAGUAGUAAAUAAUUUUCUUUCAGAGUUGAUUUCUGUCAAUCUGAUUAUGAAUUUCCAUCGCUAAUUAGGGUAAAUUAUCGGUAUAGGUGGUUUCCGAGAGAAAUUAUAAUUAAAUUCAUAGUUUUAGAUCAUGAGCUAACUUUAGUUAAAGAUAAUCACUCGAAUUAAGGAAACAUUGUACAUCUGUUUUUUCCUAGUAUCAGACUCCUCAGCAGUGCUCAUCCACAAUCCCACCAGCUAUGAAAUAAAUUGUUUAAUAUUUCUAAAGAAAUUUGUCAGUGAAUUACUUUUAAAAAAUAUCAAGUCUGUGUAACGCAAAACAAAGAUGACACAAUUAAGCUUAGAUUUCUAUCUUCAAUUGUAGUUGUUUUAGUCGAGUGUAACGUAAUGAAUGUCAACCUUUUUAAAACCUGAAAAUAUAUUUUAAUGUUUUCGAAUACUUCAUUUAUUUUCUAAUCAUUAGGUGGCUCAUGUAAGAGCUGAACGUGAUAUUCUAGUCAAAGCUGAUAAUCCUUGGGUUGUGAAAAUGUUUUAUUCAUUUCAAGAUUCGGUCAAUCUGUAUUUAGUUAUGGAAUUCCUUCCAGGUGGUGAUAUGAUGACACUGUUGAUGAAACGAGAUACAUUGACAGAAUCUCAAACACAAUUUUAUAUAGCAGAAACCGUUCUAGCAAUAGAUUCAAUACAUAAAAUGGGUUUUAUUCAUCGUGAUAUUAAACCUGACAAUUUAUUACUGGAUGCAAAGGGUCAUAUUAAAUUGAGUGAUUUUGGCUUAUGUACAGGUUUGAAAAAAGCUCAUCGAACAGAUUUCUACAAAGAUUUAUCUCAAGCUAAACCAAGUGAUUUUUCCUCUGGUCGUGCAGACUCCAGGAGAAGAGCUGAAGGUUGGAAUAAAAAACGACGAAGAUUAGCUUAUUCUACUGUUGGAACACCGGAUUAUAUUGCACCUGAAGUAUUUCAACAUCAUGGUUAUACAAAUUCGUGUGAUUGGUGGUCACUUGGUGUUAUUAUGUAUGAAAUGCUGAUAGGCUACCCACCGUUUUGUUCAGCUACACCACAAGAAACGUAUAAAAAAAUUAUGAGUUGGAAAGAGGCAUUAUUUUUUCCACCUGAAAUGCCCAUUAGUAAUCAUUCAAGAAACUUAAUACAAUCUUUAUGUUGUGGGGCAGAAACACGUUUAUCAAGUAUUGAAGAUAUACGAAAACAACCAUUUUUUCAUGCAGUUGACUGGGAGCAUAUACGUGAACGACCUGCAGCGAUUCCAGUGAAUAUACGUUCAAUCGAUGAUACUAGUAAUUUCGAUGAAUUCCCCAAUGCUGAUUUAAGUUGGCCUAAUGUUACAGAUCCUAUGAAAAGCUAUCAGAAAAAUUUAGCUUUUAUAAAUUAUACUUAUAAGGCAUUUGAUGGUUGGACAAAUAACGACCGAAUAUUAGAUCGUCAAUUAUAUCAACAACAAAAAUUUCAACGUCAUCAAACUGCCUUGUCAUCUAGAAGUAGUAUACUGUCCGAUUUAACUGGAAUAAAGAAUAAAUCUUCAACAUAAUGAAUUAAUUCUUUAUUGAUUACACAUUAAAUUACCUAUUUCCAGCUCCGUUCCCCUCGUCACACACAUAUAUUUAUAUAUAACUAGUGUUUCGUAUCUUUACAUCUUUGUACCUAUCUCAUAUUUGUCACUGUUUUGUUUCUUUUCUUCUGGUUAUUUUUUUGAGAGAUCUUUUCUUAUAAAUAAAACUAUCAAUGUAGUUUUAAAAAGGUUUGGUUAUUAUGUAUAUCACUUGAAAAAUUACCUUUUGUCUUUCCAUGAACUCUUUACUAUAUAAUCAUCAUUCUGUUGUAUUGUGUUUCAUAACAUUGGCUCACUUGUAUUUGUUUCUUUUGUUACUUCUUUUUCUGCUUCACUUAUUCCCUCUGUUUACACGAAUAUUUGUAUUUCUUUUUCUUCUGGAUUGAGUGCUUCUUUAAAAUGGAGGAAAUAUUGUUCUUCAGUAUGCAUAGUGUAAUUGAACUGUUGAGAUGAAAGCUCUUUACAUUUUGCUGUUGAUUAUUGUUCCAUUCGAUUCUGUUUGUUAUUCGCAUGUAUUCUGAAUUGUCUUUUAGAGUACUAAUGAUUGUUAAUUUGUAACCAUUUCAGUGUAUACCACAUUCCCACGUUUCUCCUAAAUUGCAUUCCUUGGACAAUAACAUAUAACGUUCCAUAUUUGUUCAAGUUAUAGUUUUUUAUUCUGCCAUAUAAAAUGUGCCUUGUUUCAUCUUUUUCUUUCUUUUUUAGGUUGCUACUCUCACGUCACUGCUUUCUUUAUAUUCACUUCAUUCUUGUAGAUUUUCUCUGUUUCUGUCUAAUCUGUUUUGUUCUGCUCAAUUCUAAUCUGUUUCGUUUACUGUUCAGCUUUUUUGCUUUAAUGAACUGCAUUAUCGUACUGUAAUUUUAAUUCAGACUUAGUUAUUUCAAGACUAAGUUGACUAAUGUCUGUUUAUAUGUUUAUCUGAUGUUCAGUCCAUCUAUUGUUUGUAAUUACCUACUAGUUUACUAUUUCUACAAAGAGAUUAUUAUCAUUCAUUUAAACCAAAAAGUAUAUAUUUUUGUCUUCUAAUAUAAUUAAUAAUAAUACUUCUGCAACUUUUACCAUUGAAGUGAACAAAUUAAUUUAUCUUUACACUUUUUGAUAGUUCCAUUGUUUUCUUCGAGUUAAUAAUCACACCAGUCAAACAAGACGACUUUUUUCUCUCUCUCUCUAAACUUCUAUUUCAUUCAUGUUCUAUAAAUAAUGCUGAGAAACAGAGAUUUUCGUUUUAUUUACAUACAAAAUCAGAUUCGAAAUCUGUGCGCAUCGAUGGUAUUUUUAUUGAAGUAUACAACCGGUUUUAGUUGUGUUGAUGAUGAUCUAUUUAUUGUAAAAGAAUAAAAGCUUGGAUGGUAAAACCAUAGAAAAAAAUCAUAGAAAUCAUUUUGACUACUAUCUAAUUUUCGGUUAAUAAUUAUUCAACCAAAUCUCGCAGAAUAAUGGAUAUAUCUGUCCAAUUGAUAUUUCAGUCAUUCACACACAAUAAGGAUGAUGAUAACGUGGUCACUUUUUUGUUGAUUAUGACGAAUCUUGGAACAAACUACUACAUUGUCUCGGAUAGAGUUUCUUCUUAUUCUUCUUUCUGCUUAUUUUUGUUUAUUCACAAAGAAGUGAUAUUGUUUUGUUCCUCUAAUCUAUCUUCUCGGUCUUCUCUGUCAAUUUACUUGGAAUCUGUGUUAUUAUUGAUUCUCGUUACUAUUAUUAUCGUUAUUAUUCCAUCUUACUAUAGACAUUACUAUUUAUCAUCAUUUUUAGUGUUCUGUGUACAAUAGAUGAUGAAUAAAAGAAUUGUAGCUCUUGUAAUAAUGAUGAUAUUUUUACAUCCAUUAUUUUUCAUAUCAGGAUGAAAUUUAAUAGAAGAACAUAUUUUAUUGUUAUCUGUUUAGUGAAUCUAAAUCAUUAUAUAUUAUGAUCAAAUGUACGAGCAUAUUUUUCUCCGUACUUAGACCAAUAAUCGAUAAAAUGCUACUAGCAAAAAUUACUACUGUCAAUCAGUUUCUUUCUCAUUGGUAUAAGAAAUCAAAGCGAGCGAAAUUUAUUGAAAAGAAAAGUGAACUUGUGCUAGAACAAAACAAAAUGACGCGCAGGGGAGAUGACUGGUAAACCAACUCCAUUUUUAGCCAGGCGUUACUCAAUAUUUAUAGUCAGACAAAAAUAAACUACAGACAUGUGAUGAGACAUGGGAUAUGAAGUGUACACACAUAUACGCUCAUAUAAAAACAGUCAAGACUGAUAGGCGAAUAAUUGACAAGGUCAAAAUAUGACUCAAGUAGAAUGAAUAGAUUGGUUUGUUCAAAAACUAGAAUAAGAUAUAUUAUGGGCUUAAAAUAAUGACUGACAUUACAAACUUCUCACUGAGAAGAAAUAAUCCUGCAUAAAAUUAUAAAUUCUUCGGUUUCUCAGUAGUUUGCAUCACAGAAUCACAUGCCGAGUAACUAAUCAAAACUAUGAACUAAUAUGGAACUUGUCUUAAAUUCACAAACGGAAUCCUGCUGCUAGUUUUCACUGGGAUUGUAGUUAAAGUUAUGUAGUGGAGUAAUGGCGUACUGGUUAACAGGUUCAACUUCUGAC